AUGGCCAUCCGAGGCGCAACGACGCACGCUAACGAUUGGUAUUCGUUUAGCGACCAUGGAGUUGGAGGCAUAGUGGAAUCUAGGCAUGAUUUGAUUCGUCACAUCAAUAACGACAAGGUAGAGCAGCUAUUUUUGCCCACUUUAUUGCUCUUCUCCACGCUCUCUUUGGCCGACGAGCACACGGACGCUGUCGGCUCGACUCCACAGUCGCCCGUGAUCCUUCAAAUUCCGGAGCUCGCGACCAUGUUGCUGUGUCGUAAGUCGAGGGGAAAAAAAGCCUCGGUUGCUGAUGAUCCUCUCGGCCGUGUUACUGCAAGUAGCUUGGGGUGUGAAGCAGGCGGAGCGACUCCGACUAGGCGGAUAAGCAGCUGUGGGCUUGAUGGGACUUUGUUACGAAAGGAUGCAACUCUUUUUGCUUAUUCCCAGUCGGUUGCUACUGCAGGAUUCUCUUCCUUGGGCCUGGUGCAGAGCGGGUCCAGAGGACCUGUACUGGUGAAGGGUCUGCAUCUGCAUGUGGAGAGGGUGCGUCGAAUCACUAGCUCGCAGCGUAGUGGAUAUGCAGGAGUCGUAUCUGGCAUGGCCAACGUGUUGGGUCCUUCUGCCGGCCGUUACCGUGUGACAGUUCAUCGGCUCGUGGACCCUGCAAUGGAAGGUUACAACGCCUAUCGCAGUCGUGCCCCUCUCAACCUCGACCUUGUUCGUCAGGCCAACCAAGCACAUGCACGUGGAUACGUAUUGCUCCUCCAUUAUCACCUCGCCGUUCUGUUCAAGCACGCAGCGCACCAACAACAAAUCCGCCUGUCCGUGUCUCCUGCCAGCCGCCCUGACGCGCUCCGUACCUCCCGUUCCGCCUCGUCAAGACUCCACCAUGGCCGAUGA